UAAAAAUGAAAGAGCCGAGAAGGCAAAUUAAUAAUCGUCAACAUAGAAAACACUUUAUUGGAAAAAGAAGACAAUUUCGACCUAAUCGUCCUCCGAUCCCAAAUGACUUGAUUCGUGGAAAGCCUGAUAAUUUCCCUCCACAGUUGGACAUUCCUAAAGAGAAGUUAAAUGAAUAUGAAACUGGGGCUGAGCUUUUAAUUCCGGAAAAAGCAAGGACGAUAGUCGCCCAAAAACGUUUAACAAAAAAGAAGGGAAGAUUUUUUGAAAGAGUGGAGAGGGUUGCACGUGCUGAAAUUCUUGAUACUCAACAAGAAGGGUAUAUUGAAGCAGAUGAUGGGGUCCCUACAUGUAUGACCAAACAGGCUGAAAUUUGUGAUGCUGUGGAUAUUGCUAGUGCAACUAAACAUUUUUCGCUUGAUCUUCGUUUUGGACCAUACAAUCUUGACUACACUCUAAAUGGACGUUAUAUGUUGCUAGGUGGACGUAAAGGACAUGUAGCUGCUUUCGAUUGGAUGACUAAAGAUUUAAUAACUGAAAUUAAUGUAAUGGAAACUGUUCGGGAUAUUCAAUGGCUUCACACAGAAACAAUGUUUGCUGUAGCCCAAAAACGUUGGUUAAGAAUUUAUGACAGAAAUGGAACAGAAUUGCAUUGUAUAAAAUCGAUGUUUGAUAUUAGAAGAUUGGAGUUUCUGCCUAGGCAUUUUUUACUUGUUGGAUCGGUAUAUAAUAUUUUUUUAUUUAAUAGAAGUCAUGUCAUCGAAGCUUUUGAGCUUUCGGACCACACGUUAAAAUAG